CGCGUCACGUCGUCCUUCAGUUCCAUGUCGUGGCAACCUCACCAUGCCAUGUCCUGGUCCGAGUGUUCUCCUCCCUACUUACUCAUACUCGCCUCUACAAAUCCAGCCCAGCCCGCUUCUCUCAGCUCCACUCCCAAGCUCUCCCAGACUACUGCACCCGAUCGACUUCAACAGCUCACGCUCCUCGGGAGUCUCUCAUGGCGACGGCGGCUGCUCGCCGGCCCAGCGGGCCAGUGCUGUUAACACCCAACCGCCGCUCAUCCUCACCCACCCCCGUCAAGCUCGACGCCACCCACUCGCCGUUGCUGGGCAAGUCCGCCAGCGGCCCGUCCCCGUCCUCCACCAGGAGCCGGCAGCCGUGCACGUGCCCCUCGACGAAGACGAACCACCCGGGCUCGUCCCGGUGCGGCGGCCUCCACAAGGAGCGCAAGCAGGGCAGCAGCAGGCCCGCCGCCCCGCCGUCCACCCGCGGUCAGGGCUCGAAGCGAAUGAACAGCCGGCAGUGCGCCCGCAGGGCCAUCAAGCCGUCCCCCGCGGCGCAGCAGUCGCAGCACCAGAGGCGCGCGGGCGGGUUCCUCUUCCUCCCCAGGACCAGCAGGCUCUCCGCCAUGUCUGCGGCCGGCGAGCGUGCCAGCGACAAGCAGUGGUACUCUUACUCUAUCGGUUCAGCUGUGGAAGCUGGCGUCGUUUUUCUUGUUUGGCUGUGGAGGCGGUGCUUCGUCAGAGGCUGGUGGAACCUCGCACGGGGAAAUUAA